AUGGACGAGCUGGACAAGCUGAAGGGCAAGCUAACGAGCCUGUUUGGCAAGUCACAGGCCAAGGGCGCCUUCAAGGGCAAAGCAAAUGUGCUCGGCAGCGCUCCCGCGCAGGCUGGGGUGCCGCCCGCGCGGCAGGCGCCACCUGCUCGGCCGGUGCUGAAGGUGCCGCCACCGGCGGCGCCGGCGCAGCAACCGGUUGCCGCCAGCUCCAGCGCUGCAGCUGCCCCCUCGGUUCCACAGCCUGCCAAGCCGCACCUGCAGCAGCCGGCAGCAGCAGUGCCGCCAGCAGCAGCAGCACUGCCGCAGCAGCAUGCCGCCCCGGCGGUACCCCCACACCCAGAGCAGGUGGAGGAGGCGCCCGAGGCGGUCAGCGUGGCGGUGGGGCAGCUGGCCUCCGAGCCAGCGGGCGCCGCAGCAGCCGAGGUGCUCGCCAAGCUCCUGGGCAACAUUGUGGCGGCGCCGGCCGACCCCAAGUUCCGCCGUGUGCGCCUCACAAAUCCGCGCAUCCAGUCUGCCGUUGUGGACGUGGGUGGCGGCCUGGAGCUGCUGCUGGCCUGCGGCUUUGAGAUAGUGUUUGAGGAGGCGGCCCCGCCAGCUGGCGCAGCAGCAGCGGGCAGCAGCGGUGGCGAUGCUGGGGAGGCGGCAGCCGAGGCGAGCUCUGAGGGCUAUGCUGUGCUGGCUGAGGGUGCUGACCUGGAGCCGCUGCGGCAGGCGCUGCGCCUCCUGGCUGGGCUGCUGCCCUCUGCGCCUGCCGGUGCACGCCCAGCAGCAGCGCCCCCGGCCAGCAGGCCCGUGACUGACGCCCCGCGGCCGGCGCAGCAGCAGCCAGCGCAGCAGCAGCAGCGGCCGGGCAGGCCGCCGCGGGAAUGGGAGGCGGCCCGGGAGCGCAACACCCAGGCAAGCUGCCUGGCCAGCUGGGUGGUGCUGCCCACGUCGUUGGAGCGCGACGUGCCCGACUGGUUCUUCCAGCGCACCGGUCUGGAGCUCAAGGCAGCCUUCAUUGGCCUGGCCUGGCAGAGCUGCGCGGGCGUGCUGGAUGGGGUGCUGAUGACGCGCGCGAUGCGGGAGCGGCUGCGCGGCGGGCCCGGCCGGGCGGCGGCCACCCAUGCCACACUCAAAGUGCGGUUCCCUGAGGGCAUCAGCCUGCAGGGAGAGUUUGGCGCUGGGGAGCCGGUGGCAGCGGUGUUUGCCUGGGUGGCAGACUGCCUCAGCGACCCGCUGCACACGUACGAGCUGGUGCUGCCCAGCAGGCAGCCGCUGGAGGCCAAGGCGCAAUCGGUGCGCGAGGCGGACCUGGUGCCCUCGGUGGCGCUGCUGUUCCGCUGGACGGGGCAGUCGGCGGUGGAGAUGGCGCAUGUGCCGGCGCUGCGGCCAGAGCUGCUGCGUGCAGCCCGCCCCGCUGCCGCCUCCUAUUGA